AUGGCCUCAUCCACAUCACUCUACGAAGUUCUUGGGAUCCCGAUGAGUGCGAACGGGAACGAGAUCAAGGCAGCGUAUAGACGACUAGCGCGAACGUGUCAUCCCGAUGUCGUGUCCAUGAACCAGAAAGAAAUGUCAGCUACCCUAUUCGUGAAGAUCAAUGUGGCGUAUUCGACUUUAUCAGACCCGAACAAACGUGCGGAUUAUGACCGGAAGCUUUACCGACGGAACGUCCAGUUUUAUUCCUCCGCAACACCGGCGUCUGCGUCGGGGUUUUGUGGUUAUAACAGUGGUAGGAAUUGGGAGACCGACCAGUGCUGGUAG